CUUUGUUGGGCGGUACAGGCGACUCGGUCUCGGAGGGUUGGGGGGAGGGGGACGGAUGAGUUUGGCGCAAAGCCUGCCGGGGCAUGGAGUCCCGGCGAGCUUUGUGCGCAUGUGCGAAAAGGUGAGGGGCUUGGGGGAGCUCGCCUGGGAGAGUGAGGUGCCGCUGUCCCGCCUGGGCUCGCCGGCCCCCAUGGAAGUCCCGGCCCCCCCACAGCAGGUCCUGCCGCCCCCGCCCGUGAAGCAGGAGCAGCGGGCUGCCGAGGGCCUGGCCCUGGACUCGCCGUGGCACCGCUUCCGGCACUUCCACCUGGGCGACGCGCCGGGCCCCCGCGAGGCGCUGGGCCUGCUGCGCGCGCUCUGCCGGGACUGGCUGCGGCCUGAGGUGCACACCAAGGAGCAGAUGCUGGAGCUGCUGGUGCUGGAGCAGUUCCUGAGCGCCUUCCCCGCCGACAUCCAGGCCUGGGUGUGCAGCCGUGGGCCCCAGAGCGGCGAGGAGGCCGUGGCCCUGCUGGAGGAGCUCUGGGGACCAGCCAUGAAGGCCCCUCGGGAUGUGACAGAAGGCUCCGGGGUCAGCGCUGGAAAGGAAGUCGGUGGGAUGGUUCCAUUAGGAGACCCGGCCCCCCGGGCUGAGGAGCUGGCGCCGGGGGACCCGCUGCCGCCCUCCGUGCUGCCCGUCCAGCCCCCCGUCCCGCAGCCCUCCUCCCGCACCGGCUCCUCUGCCCCUCCCACUCGGUAA